AUGGAUGGGUUCCGGGAGGUAGUUAAUGCAUGCAGCUUUAAAGACUUAGGGUACUGUGGUCCGGAUUUUACAUGGUGCAACAUGCAAGAAGGGGAUGACCGCAUUUAUCUGAGGUUAGAUAGAGCCCUUGCUACUAAUGAUUGGAUUAACUACUUUAAUGGAACAAGAGUUCUUCAUUUGGUUGAGUCGACUUCCGACCAUUGUGCGUUAUUAAUUGCUGACUCCAUAGCUGUGCAGCCCCUUAGGAAGCGUAGAUUCCAUUUUGAGGAAAUGUGGACAAAAAAAGAGGAGUGCAAGGAGAUCAUUAAGAAUGCUUGGGAAGGGUGUUUGCACCGGGGUACACCUGAAUGCAUAUCCUCAGGUAUUCAAAACUGUGCAGCUGAUCUGGCAAGAUGGAAUAAGUCGGUGUUUGGGUAUGUACCGAAGCAAAUUUAG